AUGCACGGCUCUUCCUGCCCCAAGUGCGGUGCCGCCUCGGGCGACGGGUCCAAGACGUGCGGCUCCUGCGGAGCUCAAAGGGGACGGGCCAAAGCCGGGGCCGCCGAGGAAAUAUCUAUCACAUGGGGGCGGGGGGAAUCGGCAGAAGCAAAGGCACCACCACCCACUUGGGCCAAUCUCGGAAACAGGAGCAGGCUCAAUAGAGGAACCAUCAAGAUGCGCGGGCCGAGCUAUCUCACGGACUAG